AUGCCUUUCACGAUGAAGAUUCAGCCGAUCGAUUCUCAGGUGCCGGCCGAGAGGAUUAAGCCGGUUGUCAAGUCGCGGCUGAAGCGGCUCUUUGAGCGUCAGUUCUCAGGUGUUCUGAAGAAUCCACCGGUGGAGAAGAUCGGCGGCGAUGAGGUGCAUGCACGCAAGGACGGUAACGGUAACGGAAAUGGAACCGUUGAUUUUGAACCAAGCUCGGUUUGUUUGGCGAAGAUGGUGCAGAGUUUCAUUGAAGAGAAUCAAGAGAAACAUUCCGUUUCCUGUGCUCGUAAUUGCUUCAACGGAAACUUCGACGAUAGCUCCGACACUGAACCUCACGCGCUCGGUGGUUCUUCGUCCGGUGAAGUGUAUGAAACCCUCAAGGGUCUGGUGGCGUGUCCAAAUGUUUAUGAAAAGAAUUUGUUAGCGGAAAUAGCAAAGAUAAUUGAGAAGAACAAAACUGUGUGCAAACGCAAAGACGAUAAUUGCAGAAAGACUAUAACUGAUGGAUUGUUAACUCUUGGAUACGAUGCUUCAAUUUGCAAAUCUCGCUGGGAAAAAUCCACUUUCUGUAUCGCCGGGGAGUAUGAAUACGUUGAUGUGGUAAUGGGAAAGGAGAGGGUGAUAAUAGACGUUGACUUCAGGUCAGAAUUUGAGAUUGCUAGAUCAACCAAGUCUUACAAAGCGAUUCUCCAGACGCUUCCUUAUGUAUUCGUAGGAAAGAGUGAUCGCUUACAAAGUAUUGUAGCCAUAGCUUCUGAGGCAGCAAAACAGAGUCUGAAGAAAAAGGGUCUGCAUGUUCCACCAUGGAGAAAACUCGAAUACGUUAGAUCAAAAUGGUUAUCUCCUUACACAAGAACCACACCACCUCUGUUUUGCAAUUGGCCUCGUGAAGAAACUGAGAGAAAACAGAGGCUUUUGAUGGGUGAUGGUGGUGGUGACUCUGAAGUGAGCCGUGAUGAGCCAGAGUCAAAAGUGGUGGUUGAAUGGAAGCCACCAGAAUUGAAACCCAAAAGCUCGCUGACUGGAGUUAAGGUUGUGACUGGUUUGGCAGCUGUCUUUCGUGAAAAUCCAUGA